AUGUUGCAGAUUUCUCAUAAUCCCCUUCAUCCCUUGGCCCAAUAUCUGCCACAAUGGGUGUCUCGCAGCCUCAGUUCCAUCCUUUUGGUUGCGGCCUUCUCUCUUAUCAUUCUAACCCUGCUGUCUCUCAUCUCGACCCAGCGCCACUUGAAAGACAUUCCUCUCAUUAACCCUCCCAAUUCUCUGUUUCAAACGACCGCAGAAAUAGCAAAACAAUACUCUACUAACCCUGUAACAAUCAUCGAACGCGGUCGUAACAUAUAUCCAGAUCAGCCUUAUCGGAUGAUUACUAAUCAAGGGACUGUUGUUGUGAUGCCACCUCAACACGCCGAAGAGAUUGCCAACAAGUCAGAAUUGAAUCUUAUGGCGCGCGCGCGUACUGAAUGUCAUGCAGGUACUCCAGGCUUCUCGGGCCUGACAACUGGGCCGGAUGGUGAUAGAUUAGCUAUCGAUGUCGUAAAAAAGCCCCUAACUAAAUCACUAGAGUGGCAUGAAGUCCAAUUACUCCCUCGCAUGCUUGAUAUCAUUGCCCAAACCUCCUCACGCGUCUUUCUUGGCGAGGAGCUAUGCCGCAAUGAAGAUUGGCUACGAAUUACUAAGACAUACACUUCAAAGGCAUUUGUACUCGCCGGCAAAUUAGGAAAUAUUCCCCGUCCAUUUCGCCCGCUACUUCACUGGUUUAUUCCAGGUAUGAAGGAACUACGGGACCUCUGUGCCAAGGCUGAGGCUAUUAUCCAACCUAUCUAUAAUGCGCGACAGAAGGCCAAGGCUAGAGCUCUAGCUGACGGAAAAGCGAUUCCGACAUAUGACGACUGUAUAGAGUGGGCUGAGGCUGAAGCGCAUGCCUCUUACCAACCGGCCAUGUUGCAGAUGAAUAUCGCUGUCGCUGCCUUCCACAAUACUGCCGAGCUACUGUCACGAGUCGUUCUGAAUAUUGCCCACCAUCCUCAUAUUAUUCGAGAACUUCGAGAAGAGGCCAUUGACGUCUUGAAGGCUGACGGAUGGAGAAAAACAGCGCUUUCUAAAAUGAAAAAACUUGACAGCGUGAUCAAAGAAACCCUAAGACUCAAGCCUAGUGGUACACUUACUAUGCGCCGCGAAGCAACUAGUCCCACUACGCUUUCUACUGGCCUUACCCUUAAGACCGGCGACGCCCUUAUUGUGGAUCCAUUCAAUUCGUUUAGAGACCCGACUUUGUAUGAGAAUCCAGAGCAAUUCAUACCAUGGCGAUUUUUACACUGGCAGAACGAGCCAGGUAAACAGCACCUAGCACACCUUGUGUCAACUUCACCGGCACACCUAGGCUUUGGUCAUGGUAUACACGCCUGCCCAGGCCGCUUCUUUGCUGCCGACGAGAUAAAAAUCGUGGUAUGCCACAUGUUGAUUCAGUACGACUGGAAGCCUCCGCCUAUGUCAUCCUGGAAACCUGUCCACGCCGGCAUUUUUAUGGUUACACCUCCAGAUACAGUUUUACUUUUCCGCCGUCGUCCUCAUCCAGAAAUAGAUGUUAAACGUCUACCACCUACCCUGGUUAGGAAUUAA